AGUCUCGCGCCCUUUUGGAAAACAAGUGUUUUGCUUACAAUCGUCUUGACGUCGACAGAAAGCCAAAGUUAACGAAGAAACAUAAAAUAACCGUAUCGGGUGUCACUGAACAAAAAAAAAAAGAUUGAGUGCGAAGAAGAUGUGAAAAGGAUGUUUUAAAGUGUUUGACUGCGAUGGCGGGGACUUCGAGACACGACCGAGAUAUGGCGCUGAACGCCAAGCGUCAACUGUCGGUGUGUUCUGACCCAGUAGAAAGACUGCGCCUCCAGUGUCUGGCCAGGGGUUCGGCUGGGAUCAAAGGUCUCGGCAGGUGGGUCUCCCCAGGACCCCUCUUGAACAUUCGAGCCGUGUUGGCCUUGCUCAGCAUCACUGUCGACUCAAAAGUUGAGCUGAGUUUGUCCUGCAGAGUCUUCAGGAUCAUGGACGACAACCAAAACCGCACGCUGGACUUGAAGGAGUUCCUGAAGGGAGUCAACGACUACGGCAUCCUGAUGGACAAACAGGAAGCGGCUGCUCUCUUCCAGCAUUUCGACCGUGACGGCAGCGGGGCCAUCGACUUUGACGAGUUCCUGGUCACGCUGAGGCCCGCCAUGUCCAAGGCCCGCAAGGAGGUAGUCAUGCAGGCCUUCCGCAAAUUGGACAAGACUGGCGACGGCGUGAUCACCAUCGAAGAUCUGAGGGGGGUUUACUACGCCAAGUACCACCCCAAGUACCAGAACGGGGAAUGGACGGAGGACCAGGUCUUCAAGACAUUCCUAGAUAACUUUGAUUCUCCCUACGACAAAGACGGAAAGGUGACGCAGGAGGAGUUCAUCAACUAUUACUGUGGUGUCAGCGCCUCCAUCGAUAGCGACGUUUUCUUCAUUCUGAUGAUGAGGAACGCCUGGAAGCUUUGAGCGAACGUCAACUUAUUAAAUACCAUGAUGUUA